UUCCCUCUCCAGCUUCCUGCAUCCGGGAAUAUCCUAAGUCCUGGUCCACUGUUCUAUCAUGUCAAGAAUGGGGCCAAGAAGCCCAGAAGUACGUUUGUUGUGUGGAGUGCAGUGGCGUGGCCGGCCGUGAGCAUAUGAUAUGAUGUGAUGAUAUCGGAGUAUGUAUGCUACAUGGGGGGAUGUGCUUGAUUUGUGAAUGUGAAUGUGAAUGUGAAUAUCUAUCUGCGUUAUGGAUAUCUCCGUUAUUUUAGGGUUCAUGGCGUGUCAAUUCACUGCUUUCUUUCUUCUAGAGUACUCUAUAUGAUGGUAUGAUCUGCAGUGGAUAGACUUCAUAGUCUUUCUUUUCUCAUAUCUAUCCAUUCUGUGUCUCCCGUUGAUAUCAUUGAUAUGUAACAAUAUGGCCUCCCCAUCUGACGCAGCUUACCUCCUAGGCCGUGAUCCUGAGGAAUCAAAGCGUCUCAACGCGCAACAUGCCUUCCUCGUGGACGUCAUCGGCGGCACACCCAUCCAUCCCUCCAUCCCUACGGCAAACAUCCGCUCCAUAGCAGACGUAGCCACAGGAACAGGGAUCUGGCUCUUCCCCUUCGGCUCGCUAAAGGCCCACCGGCACAAGAUCCAGCUCACCGUGCAGGAUAUCCUGCAGCCAUUCCCGAAAGAGCAUUGGGCACGGUACGAUCUCGUGCACGUACGGCUGCUCGUCGGCGCCAUGAGGGAGGUGGAUUAUCCGCGGGCGGUUCGCAAUCUGUACGAUCUUCUGAAACCAGGUGGCUACCUCCAAUGGGACGACUGCGACACCACCGCCUUCAGCACGGACGAUCCUACCCCCAUCGACAUGGAAAUGAGGCAGAUUGUCGUCGACGCGGUUGAGAAACUCGGGCUGUGUGGGAAUGCGCCACAGUACCUUCACCAGCUGGCUGCACAGACGGGGUUCGUGGACGCAAGGCUGUACGCUAACAGCACGGCGGACAAGCCGCAUCUGCGGGAGCCGGCGCGGACGUGGCUGAUGCGGGUGCUGAGGGCGCUGAUGCCGCAUGCGAUGGUCAAGUCAGGUGAAGUGGUUGACGAGAAGAAAGCCAUUGAGCGCUCGGAGCGGCUGGUUGAGGAAUUUGGGCGGCAUUGUACGUCUGCUUUGCCGUUGGUGAAUCUGUAUGUUUUGGUGGCGAGGAAGCCGGUGCAGGCCAGGUCGUGGUGUUGUACAGUCAUGUAAAUAAUGCGUUGGACACUGCCGCUGACAUUGAUGACCCGUCAUGAUUUAUGAUAAUGAAAUAAAUUCUUUUAAA